AUGAAAUCUAUUGUAUUUCUAUUAGAAUUGUUCAUUUAUGUACAAUGUGAGAUUACAUAUAUUGAAGUAAAAUAUCCAUUAAAGGGAGAACAUUCACCACCAAAUGCAAUAUGGCCACAUCCACAACAAAUCAAUGCUUCCAACGAAUUACUCUAUAUUCGUCCACAUGCUAUUAUGAUUCAUUCUAAUAUUCAGACAUGUGAUAUUAUUACAAAAGCUAUUCAACGAUAUGAGCCAAUUUUCUUUCCACCAAAACUUUCAAUGCGUGACCCACCAUCCGGUGUAAAUAACAUUCUACAAAAUUUAACACUCAAUAUACGUGAUAAUCCUCAAUGUGAACAAUAUAUUCAACAAAAUUCAAAUGAAGCUUAUACUUUAACCAUCAAUCUUCAAAUGGCGAUUGUUGAAGCUAGUAGUGUUUGGGGUUUAUUACGUGGUCUCGAAACAUUUUCACAACUUAUCUAUAUUAAUGAACAAAAUUAUGUUGUUAUCAAUAAUUCUGUAACUAUUAUUGAUAGUCCCCGUUUUCAACAUCGUGGUGUUAUGCUUGAUACAGCGCGACAUUUUUUACCUGUACCAAUUAUUAAAAAGAAUCUUCAUUCAAUUAUGAAACGUCUACUACGAUUAAUUCGACCACAAUAUCAACACAAAGCUCAACAACAUCAUACUUAUCCAAUAGUGCUCCAUCAAUAA